CCUCUUAGAAUAUAAUUGUAUUUUGUCUGUAAAUGUUGUACGCUAUUCUUUCUUUGUCGCGAUAAAAAAUUAAAAAUGAAUAAAAUGUAACGACUAUUCCAGAUGUGACGUAGCCAGUUAACGAUAGUUGAUUUCCAAAUGCUCGUGAUUGACACGCGCUCUGUGUAGACUGAGAGAGUGUUUACAGAUCUACUGAUGAUCUACACGUCCACUUAACGUUACCCUACCUUACCUUCAGGGGUCGGUGAUCUUUCAGCACUUACACUAUCUAGGAAAGAAACAUGUCAACAAGUAAACGGAACAGAUAAAAUUCACAAGACAUACAGUCAAUCGCUGCUGGUUUCAAAGAUCGCGCGUGACCUGUGCAGCAGCAGCAGCAGCAGCAGCAACAACAACAACAACAGCGACUAACUUACGCGUUAAAGUUUGUCUUUGUGAAUCGGGCUCACUGACUGAAACUCUGGCAUCUUGCACGAGGACUUCCAUGAGCUGAGGAUGGCGGACAUUAGGACAUACAAUGUUGUUGUUUUGGGAAUAGGAUUUUUGUUCAUUUUUACAGCCUUCACCACUUGUGGUAACAUCGAACAAACAGUGGUGAAAAGCUUAAAUAGCACUAACUUCACUGGGAGUGGGUAUCACAGCCUUGGAAUAAUAUAUGGAGUUUUUUCAUUCUGUAACGUGUUAGCUCCCACUAUCGUUGCAAUAAUUGGACCACGGUUUACAAUGUUCUUGAGUGGAAUUCUUUAUAGUGGUUAUAUAGCUGUAUUCAUCAUUCCAUCCACAUGGUCCUUUUAUUUUACAUCAGUGGUAAUUGGCAUUGGAGCAGCCAUGCUUUGGACAGCCCAAGGGCACUUUCUAGUGGAGAACUCUGAUGCUUCCACCAUCAACAGGAACACAGGAUUAUUUUGGGCUUUACUACAGUGCAGUAUGUUGUUUGGCAAUCUGUACGUUUAUUUUGAUUGGAAAGGAAAAACUGAAAUUUCAGAUAAAGACAGAAAGAUCAUGUUUACAGCUCUGCUGGUUAUCUCAGCACUCGGGACACUAAGUUUUCUUGCCUUGAGGAAGGUCUGUCAGCUGGAAGAGGCUCUCUCGGAAGAGGAGGGCCAGUCUCUGUUAACUGCAAGAUUAAUAUAUAAACAAAGAGCAACAUCUGCUGUGACGGAAGCUAAAACAGAGUUUAAGACGAUUAUGGAAAUCUUCAAAACAAAAACCAUACUGUUAUUAAGUUUCUGCAUGGCAUACAGUGGUUUGGAGCUGUCAUUUUACAGUGGCGUUUACGGAACCUGCAUCGGAGCUACGACACACUUUGGCGAUGCAGCAAAAGGCUUAAUCGGCAUUUCAGGCAUUGUGGUGGGAAUCGGAGAAAUAAUUGGGGGAGGAUUGUUUGGCCUUGUAUUGAAGAAUAACCGUUUCAGGCGCACUUCAGUUGUCUUCUUAGGGAUGGUUGUGCACUUUGUGGCCUUCUACCUGAUAUUCCUCAACAUACCAGAUGAUGCACCUGUGGUUCUUCAAACAAGCUCACAGCAUAAACCAUAUCUGGCACCAAGCGUGUCCAUAGCCCUGCUGUGCAGCUUCUUGCUGGGUCUUGGGGACAGCUGUUUUAACACUCAACUCUACAGCAUUCUGGGCCGGGCGUAUGCUGAGCAGAGUGCACCAGCCUUUGCUAUUUUUAAGUUCAUACAGUCUAUUUUUGCAGCUGUGGCGUUCUUCUACAGUGGUUAUAUACUUCUGACCUGGCAGCUCCUUGUUAUGGUCAUCAUGGGAUUCAUAGGAACACUGUGUUUUUUCAUGGUGGAGAGGAUGCAGAAUAUGUCAGCUGAUACACAGGAGUAUUAGAUUGGAGCCUCGACCAGGACACAUUUCAGUAAGCAUUUGUACUACUUGCACUAUUUGUUUGUUGUAAUUAAGAUUGAAUUAUAAGUAUGCAGCACUACUUUGGAUUUAUGAGAAGGUGCCUUUUGUGUUUUUUUUUUUUUUUGGGGGGGGGGACCUUAAAAUACAUAAAUUAAAAAUAAUGAAUAUUAUUAUUUUUAAUAUCUCUUUACACGCUUUGAUAGAAUAUUGUUAGUUGGAAUUGCAUUACCAUAUUCCAAAUCUGUAUUGGAAUUGUAUUACAGUAAAAUUACACUUCAAAUGAUAUUACAUACAUUAAAGGUGCACUCAGUAAGGUUUUGUUUCUGUUGUGUUUACUGACAUGGCAAUCAUCUUCAAGUUAUACUGACACCUAGUUGCGUAGUUGCAGCAUCAUGCAAAAGGUCUUGACUUGUUGAUUUUGCUGUGGAAAUCACAUGACUUUUUUUUUCCAUGAGCGAAAGAGUCAUAUAACAAGAUAAAACUAGUAUUCAGCUGUUCAUGUGAUUUCAGCAUGGCCACCCUAAUGAGGUGUUGUGCGUUAUGUGUAAAGCAAAAACAUGAGGAAAAAUACUGAGUGCAUCUUUAAGAUUCAUGUAAAAUGAUGUUGUUGACAAUCAGGUGAUACUUCAGCUGAAUGAUAUAUAUAUAUAUAUAUAUAUAUAUAUAUAAUUGUGUAGACAUUUCAUAUAUAUCAGGGUCGGAAUUUGGCGUGGACUUUGGGGCAAAAAUGCCACCAAAAUGA